AUGGGGCUGCUGAACUCUAAAAAUCCCAAAGACAAGCAAGCCCACAUUCUUCUUCUGGGACUCGACUCGGCUGGGAAAUCUACUCUGCUUUACAGGUUAAAGCUUGCCGAGACUCUCACAACCAUCCCCACCAUCGGCUUCAACGUGGAAAUGGUCCAGCUGGCCAGCGGUCUCCCGCUCACGGUGUGGGACGUUGGAGGCCAGGAGAAGAUGCGGACGGUCUGGGACUGCUACUGUGAGAACGCAGACGGGCUGGUGUACGUGGUGGACUGCUCCGACGGCAAGCAGCGCCUGGAGGACUCCCGCAAAGAGCUCAAGCACAUUUUGCAGAACGAACACAUCAAAAACGCGCCGGUCGUCAUAUUAGCCAACAAACAGGACUUGCCCGGAGCUCUGAGUGCCGAGGACAUCACCAGGAUAUUCAAGGUGAAGGAGCUGUGCAGCGACCGGAACUGGUACGUGCAGCCCUGCUGCGGAGUCACUGGAGAAGGGCUGGAUGACGGGUUCAGGAAAUUAACUGAGUUUAUGAAAAGCCACCUGAAGACAAGAGACACCUUAGCGCUCUUCAAGCAGAAAUGA